UUUCACAAGCAACACUCAACAUUUCUGAGAUAAAUUCCCAAAAAUUGGAGAGAGAAAAAUUUCAACUGAAACAACAAAACAAACAAAAUUCAGAGAAAAAUCAAAGAAAUUCAAGAAAAAAAUACUUCAAAUUCUUCAAUGGCAAAACAAUCAAUUGCAUCAAUCUCAACCCAAGAAGAUUUAUGCAACUGGGAAUUCGUCAAUCAAUUUGAUUUCGAAAUUGAUGAUGAAAGCAUUUAUGAAGUUCAAAGCAUCGAUUUCGUUGAAUCCAUUGAUUCUCUCUCCUCUUCUUCAGAUGAAGAUGAUGAUGAUGUAAAGAAAUUCCCCACAAAUGAUGUCAAAUCGCAUGAUAAUGAUCUUGAUCUUGAUCAUGAUCAUGAUGAUGUGAAUGUGAAGUGUGCUAGGGUUCUUGAUUUGGGGCAAAAUCACGAGUGUUUUGAUGGUGAUUUGAGCAGUAAUGGUGAUGAUAUUGAUGGGGUUUAUGGGUAUUUUGAUGGGUCGAGUUUACAUGUACAUGGGCAUGACAGUUACAAUGGUGGGUAUCAUCAACAUGCUAAUGCUAAUGAUGAUGCUGUUGAUGCUGUUGAUGAUGAUGAGGGUGAUGUUGAUGAUGGGUAUGGUAUGUAUGAUGAAAUGGUGCCAUGGGAUAAAUUGAUGAGGCAAAGGAUAAGAAAAUCUGGGAAAAUUUCAAUUGGAAAAAUGGCGAAAUCGAAGAAAUCUGCACUUGUUUUUACUAGACCAGGUUGUGUUCGUGGUAAACAUGGAUUAGGUCUCAUGGUGUACUGAAGAUAAGAUCAUAACAACAUAAAUUUGGAGCAUAUUAUCAUUUUUAGUAGUAUAUAAUAUGAUCUACUUAAUUGUUUCUAAUUUUCGUUAAUUCAAGAUUAACUCUAGGUUGAAUCUUUAUGUCAUUUGCUUUUCUUUAGUUAGUUGGAAGAUUAUGAUCAUUAGAAAAGCAAAAAAAAAAAUUGUAAAUUUGAACUAUCUUUGUGUUGAUGAAAUGUGUAAAUAAAAUGAUCUUUCUCCAAAAAUCUUGGAUAUUAUGUUUAUAUUGUAUGGUUUGGUUUAAUUCAUAUGUUGGUCCAACUUCUUUGGAAUUUGUGAUCUUGAUUUAUGGUGAUUAUUACCUCUUUAUUGA